AUGCGCCAACAACUGUUGUCCGGAGUCAAGACCGCUAUGAAGACCAAGGAUUCAGUAACUUCUACAACUAUACGCUCCAUUCUCUCGGAAGUCUAUGCUGCCGACAAGUCAGCUGGUUCACCAGUGUCAUCCUCCGCUAUAACCGCGAUCCUACGAAAAGCCACCUUACGACGUCGUGAUUCAGCCAUUCAGUUCAUCAGUGCUUCCAGACCGGACUUGGCCCAAAAAGAACAUCGCGAAGCCGACAUUCUUGCGGCUUUCUUACCCCCUUUGAUGUCGGAAGUGGAUAUCGACCGUAUUCUCAACGAGGUGAUUGCUGAAACAACACUCGAUGGGGAUUCACGCAAAAUCCUUGGGCAAGUAUACAAAAUCUUCUACUCUAGGGUAGAUAAAUCAAAUGUGGACGCCAAUACUGUGAAGCGUAAGGCUGAAGCACUCCUGUUGAACAUUUGA